AUGAACGCUGAACGUGUAUUUCUUAUGAUGAUCCCUAACAAAGAGCUUGAGUUCGAGUACAUUCAGAAUGCUACAGUCACUUCUUCAUUAAAUCUUAAAAACGUGCACACAGCUCCUGUAGCAUUCAAAGUCCGCACAACUGCACCAAAAUCCUACUUGGUUAGGCCUAGCCAAGGAAUUCUGUAUCCUGGGGAACUAUAAUCAAAAAAUGGCGUCAUUCGAAUUUUCUGGUCUCCCGACCGAAAAUUCUCUUCCUCAAUUUUUUGAUUAUGAGGUUUGGCUUUCCCCAGCGAAUUUAUCCCGGCUAUGACAGGGCUUCAAGUUCCUGCGAUGCGCAACGCAGGACUCCUGUCCCUCAGGGAAUUCGAAUUUUCUGGAAGGAUGCCACCAACCCCAGGCGGUGGAGACUGGGACCUUUAGGGUGCCUGAUGGACCCAAGUUGGUAUGCCCGAGAGCCGGAAGGACGGCCGUCGAAAUCCGAACGCCGAAGCCGAUGAGACCAUUCAGCCUUGAAGCCAGGUGGUGCACGACAUUUUGGUGGAGCGGGAAAUCCAGAAGCAGGACGGAUACCCGUGCAGGGAAUAUGGUAUUGGACGUUAAGCGUGUUAUUAAUAAUUAAGUAAGUAAGCAUCCUGGGGAAGCUAAAGAGCUAAGUAUAAUAAUGCAGCCGCUUUCUGAGCACCCAGGAGACGUCGCUCAUCGAUUUUUAGUCCAAGCUAUCCCAACCCAGCUGAAUCCUUCCACUUGUUCGUCCCAAGACCUAAACGAUAUCUGGACGAACGCCAAAGAAGGCUCACAAAAUACAAAACUAAGCGUAAAAAUCCUCGACGAGCAACGAGUGUUUCAGCCACGACCUACAGUAUAUAUAGAUCCUGUAGAAAAUCAGCCAAAACCUUCAGUAGAAAAAAUUGAGGAAAUUAAAAAACAAAUUAAAGAGCAGGCAAACUUUAAUGCAAAACUGGAAGAAAAAUCCAAUGAACUUGAAGCAAAGCUAAAGAAAUUAAAUGAGGAGCAAAAAAGGAAAGAAUUUGACCCUAAAAGAGUAGGGACAGAAACGGCAGAUAAAGGAUUUGGGUUGUUCCAUAUCUUGAUGUGCUUGGUGGCUGGAAUAAUUUUAGGAUAUCUUUCAUCAGUUAUAGCUAUUAGGCUUAUAUUUGUUAUAAGGAAAUGCCUUAUUUUUAUUUUUGUAGAAAUUAGUAAAAAAAUAGGAUAAUAGAAAUUAUUAG